AUGAGUGAGCGACGCAAGUCUAGCGUCGUCCAAGUCGCCCGCGCCGACGAUGGUGUCGUCCGUGUCAACGAUGCUGCUAUGCGUCAGCUGAGCGUUGACAAUCCCAACAUCGUUCAGUCGUUCGCGGAGGCCAAAGCCGCCACAGCUGGCGAACAUGAGCUGACUAUUCGGGACGCCAUCCGCCUUUACCCCAAAGCCAUCGCUUUCUCCAUCAUCUUCUCCACAGCAGUCGUGAUGGAAGGCUACGACCUGAGCUUGAUGGGCUCCUUCUUCGGUCUACCUCCCUUCCGCAACUUCUACGGCACAGAGGACAAUCCAGCCGGCGGCAGGCAGGUUUCUGCUCCCUGGCAGUCCGGUAUUCUCAACGGCACUCAGGUUGGAUCCAUCAUAGGACUCUGGCUGAAUGGUAUUCUCUCCGACAAGUUCGGCUACCGCAAGACCAUGUUUGGUUCUCUGGUGCUGAUGAUUGCCUUCAUUUUCUUGCCGGUUUUUGCUCAGAACAUUCAGACGCUUCUCGCUGGCGCCAUUCUUUGCGGCCUGCCAUGGGGUGUCUUUCAGACCAUUACUGUUACCUACGCCUCGGAUGUGACGCCUACCGUGCUGCGUCCUUACCUGACAUCAUACGUCAAUCUCUGCUGGGUCAUUGGCCAGUUCAUUGCUGCGGGUGUUCUCCGUAGUAUGGUCGGCAGGGAGGACCAGUUGGCCUACAGGCUCCCUUUCGCUCUUCAAUGGAUCUGGCCACCCCUCAUCCUCAUCGGCGUUUUCCUUGCCCCGGAAUCUCCCUGGUGGCUGGUCCGCCAUGGCCGUUACGACGACGCGAAGAACGCUCUUCUGAAACUCACCAACCGGAACAGCGGGAUUCCCUUCGAUGCCGACAAGCAAGUUGCCAUGAUCAAGGCUACGGAUGAUCUCGAGAAGGCCAUCAACUCUAACGUCAACUACUGGGACUGCUUCAAAAGUGUUGACCGCCGGCGUACUGAGAUCACCUGUAUGGUCUGGGUCACUCAAGCUUUCUGUGGAGCCGCCCUCAUGGGAUUUGCGGUCCAGUUUUACGAGCGAGCAGGCCUCGACACCGAGAACUCCUUCAACUUCAACCUGGGUCAGUAUGCUAUGGGCGCUGUCGGAACCGUCGCUUCAUGGUUCCUCAUGCCGCACUUUGGUCGCCGAACUCUCUACCUUUGGGGCCUAGCCUUCCUUUUCUGCAUGCUUAUGAUCGUCGGCGGCAUGGGCGUUCUCGGAACAGCUCGUGGACCUUCGCUGGCCGCCGGAACCCUUCUUAUGAUCUACACGUUUGUCUACGAUUUCACCAUCGGUCCUGUAUGCUACGCAUUGGUGGCUGAUAUCCCUUCAACUCGGCUGAAGAUCAAGACCGUAGUCCUGGCCCGCAAUCUGUACAACGUCGGUGGUAUCAUCAACAAUGUUCUGAUGCCCCGCAUGCUUCUCAACACCAACUGGAACUGGGGAGCAAAGACGGGCUUUUUCUGGGCUGGAGCGUGCCUAUUGCUCUUCAUCUACCAUUAUUUCCGCCUUCCCGAGCCGAAGGGACGUACCUAUGGUGAGCUCGAUGUCCUGUUCGAGAAUAGAGUCAGCGCUCGCAAGUUCAGGCAGACCAAAGUUGAUCAGUUCGCCGGUCACCAUACCGAUCUCGUCGCGGAGGACAGCAGCGAUGGCGAGAAGAAGGGGGCUGCUCAAGUUGAAUCGGUUCAGUGA